AUGCUUAAAGAACAGAAAAAGAAUCAACGAGCUGCUGAUCCUGGGUUAAAGACUCAGUUAUCAUUUGAAGAUUGGGAAACUUCCUUGGACCCUGACAAUUUUGAUCUUUUAUCCAUCCUGUGUUUUCGCCGAAUGAAAGAAGACUUUACAUUUGACAAAAAGGCUGAACAUAAAGCAAUAUUAACAUUUACAUCCUAUAUUGCUAUUACUGCAACCAACGAGUGGAGAAAUGCUGCCAAUCAUUUAAAUUCUACAAUUAAGAAUCAACUAUUGAGAGAAGAUGUGAAGAUGUUCUGGAAGAAAAUUGAGCUUGAAAAGAUUGAGGUGGAAACACAGCUUGAAAGGAAGAAGAUGGAUUUAAGUAUAGUUCAGUUUGAUGUUGAGCAAUCACUUGUGAACAAUCAGGAAUCUAAUCAAAAGCAUGCAAGACCUACUGAGGAAAUAUUUGUAGAAAAUGAAAAUGAUGACCCUAAAUUAAACCUCUCAGAUGAGUUACGAGAUCCAGAAGAAGAGCAUAAUAUCAUGACAUUAUUUGAAGGAGAAAAACAAACAAAACUUUUAGAUUCAAUUGAUGAUGAGUUACUUCAAGAAGAAGUUAAAUUAUCAAAUAAUCACUCAAAUAAGUCUGUGCAGCACACAUGGAAAGAAUUAAAGAGUUCUUUCAAUAAAUAUAGAAUUUCCAUACCUAAAACUAAAAGAAUUGUUACACCAGGUUACUGGGGAAUUUUAGAUUUGACCAAAGAAACAUUAUAUGGAAAAAAGAUACCUGAUAACAAUUUAAUAUUAUUUGCUGUAAAUGAAUUCUCCAAAUCAAUUAAAUGGAAUCCAGAAAAAAUUCCUGAAACUUUACAGGACUACUUUAAUAAUGGUUGUAACAAUACAUUAGCUGAUAA